AGGUAAUGCAAUAAAACUUUUGCGCGCGCAUUUCUCUCAGUACAUAACGGUAGCGCUUCGUCUGUGUGUGUGGGUGGGCUAAAAAAAUAGCACUCGUUUGUCGCCUUCUCGCUCGCUCUAUAGCCACAGCCGCCUAGCGCCAUCCCGCUCUCAGUCGAUUCCCAUUCGAAUGCAAUUCGUUUCGUUGAUUUCUCCGAUUCGCGAAAGAGAGGGGGAAGCGGAAUCAGCAGAAGCAGCAGCGGCAGAGGCAGCGACGCCAACGCCGCCGUCGCAGCCAACUAGCUGGCAUCUCUCAAUCUCUCAAUCUCUCAGUGACAAUCCGUCGGUACGGUACUCGAAAACGGACACAGCUCCGGUUUCCAAAAUUCCAGUACGAAAACGGUAAUAUUCGAACUCGAUAACCAUAAACGGGCAAUCGGAUUAUAUCAUUCGAAAUAUUCAAAUAAAAUAUAAUACAUCACGGCAAAUUAUCAUCUUAAAUAAACAAAGUGCGCGAGUGGCUGGUGUCAGUGCUUUUGAGUUUUAGAAUUACUUUUAGACCCCCUUAAAGAAAAAAAAGGCAAAUUACGAAAUCGAUUAAAAAAUUAAACAAACAAAUCAAAAGUGUUGGCCAUGAUGAAGUAUGGAUUCUGUGACAAGUGAACAGAGUGAAAAGAACAACAACAUAGCGGGCGCAAUAAAUAACAAUAUUAUAAGUGAAAUUGAAAGAGCCGCGGGCAAUAUGAACACCACCGCCAUGUUGAUGCACCACCAGCAGCAGCAGCAGGCCGCAGCAGCGGCAGCAGCUGCAGCAGCAGCGCAACAGCAACAGCAGCAGCAGCAGCAACAGCAGCAACACAAUGGACGCGACGGCAGCAACAGUUCGCGUGGAGCCAACGAGGAUCGUCCAAAUGGCCGGAGUUCGCACACAGGACGUGGAUCCAGUUGCUCACCGGCCAGUUCGCCAAGUCGUCAUCCAAGUGCCGUGAGUCCCGUGAGCUCCCUGAAUCACUCCAUGAUGCAGCAGAUGCAGCAGCAGCAGCAACAGCAACAGCAGCAACAGCAGCAGCAGCAACACCACCAGCUGAGCCCCCCGCCACAUGGAAUGCCAUCGGGCAAUGGUCUGCCGACGGGCCUGCCACCCCGCAUGCCCCACGGACUGCCGCCCCAUUCGCUGGGCCUGCUCAACUCCCUGCAGAUGAUGCACCAUGCCUCCCCGCUGGAACUGAUGGCCGCCGCCCAUCAUCAUGUGCCGCCAAGGUCGUACAAUUCACCGCCGCCGAUCUCCACCUCGGAUCCCAGUGCCAAUGAGUGCAAGCUGGUGGAGUACCGGGGUCAGAAGGUCGCCGCCUUCAUCAUCAGCAACGAAACCAUGCUCUGCCUACCGCAGGCCUUCGAGCUCUUCCUGAAGCACCUGGUCGGCGGUCUGCACACGGUCUAUACGAAACUGAAGCGCCUGGACAUCGUACCGCUCGUCUGCAAUGUGGAACAGGUGCGCAUAUUGCGCGGUUUGGGCGCCAUUCAGCCGGGCGUCAAUCGCUGCAAGUUGCUCUGCUGCAAGGACUUCGAUGUCCUCUACAGGGACUGCACUACGGCCAGAUGCCUAUCGAUCAAGCCACCAGAGAGUAACUCUCUGCAAUUCCGCAGUUCCAGACCGGGUAGACCGCCCAAAAGGGGACCCGUGGGGCUUUCCCUGCCGCCCUCUCACCUAUCGCAGCAUCCGCAGUUGAAGAAACAUCGCCUGGACAACGGGGACUAUGCCUAUGAGAAUGGGCACAUUAGUGAUAUGAAGUCUCCCCUUUUGGCUAAUGGCUACAAUCCACCGCCCAUCAAUCACAUGGCCUUCAUGCAGAUGAACGCCCAUCAUCCAGGGGCGGCGGCUCUAAUGUCGCCUGGAAUGCCACCCCAUGGACUGCACGCCCGUCCCGAAAGCCAGAUGCUCAAGGCCGCCGCCCAAAAUGCCGGUAUGUCGGCGGCCAAUAUGGACGCCUUGGCCAGAUCCGGAAUCUGGGAGAAUUGCCGGGCGGCCUACGAGGAUAUAGUCAAGCAUCUGGAGCGUUUGAGGGAGGAGCGGACGGACGAACGCCAGCAGGCGAUGGGCGUGGGUGGAGCGAUCGUCGACCGGGUCGGCAAUGUGAUGGUGGCCGAGCACAAGCCCAGGGAUCUCAGCUCAAGGAAUUGCUCCCCCACUCGCCAAAGUCCGGUGCUGAACCUGAGCAAGUCCGGCGGAAACACGGACCACGGCGGCAGCAACUGCGAUGCGGGCAGUGAGCGGAGUGACUGCCACUCGGUGGCGGGCUCCCCUGGAAGAGGGGGUUCCCGCAGCCUGGACGAGGGCAGUCGCAGUGGCGUCGGCGGGGGCGUGGCCUCCCAUGUGGGCGGCGGUAUUAUCGGGGUGGAGGACGACGAGGAGGAGGAGGAGAACCUGAGUGACGAGAACCAAUCCGAAGUCGAUGAACGCUGCCUGGCCAAAGAUGAUGAAGAUUUGAGUGACACGGAACGUGAUAAUCUGUCCACCGGUUCGGCGGCAGCUGCAGCGGCUGCAGCAGCGGCGGCGGCCCACCAGCUCCACCAGCAUGCCGCCGCCACCCACCACCACCAAGCGGUGGGUCUGUCCCACUUGGGGGUGGUGCCCCCGCAUCAGAGGGGCUCCCCCUCCUCGGCCGAGGCAGCCGCUGCCGCCCUUCAGCACCAAAGAGCCUUGAACUACUCGCAGUUGGCUGCAGCCGCAGCAGCGGCAAAUGGGGCGGCAGUGGGUGGUGGUGGUGCGGUACCCAAUGGUCCAUCUGUGGGUGGCGGUGGUGCCCUGACCCCCAACGAGGCCCUCCUGGCGGCCAACGAUGCUGCCGCCCUGGCAGGCGGUCUGGCCCUGGGUCCGCUGGGCAUCGACGCCCAUGCCGCCGUUCCAGCCAGCUCCACGGAAACGCUGCUCAGGAAUAUCCAGAGCUUGCUCAAGGUGGCCGCCGACAAUGCCAGGCAGCAGGAGCGGCAAAUCAGCUACGAAAAAGCUGAGCUCAAGAUGGACGUACUACGAGAGCGCGAAGUCAAAGAUUCUUUGGAACGUCAGCUCGUUGAUGAACGUAAACUGAGAGUGCUCUACCAAAAGCGCUUCCGACGCGAGCGGAAGAUCCGCAUCCGCUACCAGCAGCAACUGGGCGGCGGAAGUGGGGCGGCGAAGGGCAGUCCGAAUGCCAAUGGGAGUGGGGGCGGAGGAUCCGGAUCCGCUUGCAGUGAAUCGGAGGCGUGUGGCGGUGGGGGCGGUGAUACCAAGUGCAACAACAACAACAACAAUAAUAACAACAGCAACAGCAGCAGCCACGGCGGCGAUGUGGAGACGAUGAAAGAAAACGAUGCUGGCAGUGAAAAAUCGGACAAGUCUCUGGCCUCCAAUUCCUCCUGUGAUGUGACCGCCGGACAUUCGGCUGGAUCCGUUUCCGGUUCCAUCUCCGCCGGCCUCAACUGCCCGGAUUCCCCCACCCACUUCAAGCGGGAGCCUCACUCCGAUCACGAGGGUUCCGUGGAGCGCCAGCCACGAUCCUCAGUCGCCGAAGAGGUUGACAUUAAAAGGUCUGGCAGUCGCGAACGGGACGAGCGACCGCCCAGCGGAUCAGCGGCUUCUGCUGCCGCAGAGGGCAGUUUGGCAGCUGCAGCGGCCGCAGCAGCAGCAGCAGCGGCGGCAGCAGCCAGCAACGGUAAAGGUCCUUGGAGCUAUCCGGGCAUCGACCUGAUGGCCACCGGCGCCUUCUGGCAGAACUAUUCCGAAUCCCUGGCCCAAGAGCUGGAGAUGGAGCGCAAAAGCCGUGCCGCCAAUGCCGAGCGGGACGUGAAGAGUCCGCUGUCUGAGAGACCGACGGCCUAUUACAAAAACUCGGUCCUCUUUGGCAGCGCCAAUUAAAUACACCUGGUCAGGUGAGGUGGCAAGGAUUUAUUUGAUCUCAGAGUGCAAUCCUAUGCGGCGGCGGCUCUUGAGUGGGAGUUUCAAAAAGUUGAGUGUACAUACCUAAGAGAGUUACGAUAGAAGUUCGAAAAGUUCAAGUUUUGAGAACGUUUCAAACGUUGGUGCGGCCAUUUUGUAUAUAGAGAAAAUAUAGUGAAAAGAUGCAGAACUUCCGGUAUCCCAUAUAGAGUGCUUAGAUCCAAUAGCUCGCAGUUGUAAGCUUAAAGUUACGUUGUAUAUAGCAGCCGAUACGAAAGACUUUUUAAUGAAUUGAAAAAAAAACACGAUAAGCUGAAAACCCAUGUAGGCAGUUGGCAUACCUUACCUAGCAUUUAACUUCCCCAAAAAAGAAACCAUUUUAGCAUUGCUUAUAAACCUUACGAUAUAGCUUCAAUUCGAGUACAUAAAUGUAACAAAAAUAUUAAAUAUAUGAAUUAAAACGUAGAUAUUUAGGAAGAAAGAGAAUAAAUCUUACGAGCCGCUUUUUAGUGUUUUAAAUGAUGGAUGAACCUUUGAUUUAUUUUACAAGGUAACUUUUCUAAAGUUAAGAUUUUAAUUUAUUCACUAGCCUAGCAGGAGUGCAGUAAGCCAGUAAUACUAAAAAUAGCAUAUAAAAACAAUUAACUUAAAGUAUUUCACUUGCCUAGGCGGCUAACAAUAAUUCAUAUUAUAUAUAUCUAAUAAUAAAUAUUAAUAAUAAAUGCUAAACAAAACAAACUUGUAUGCCCGUUACAAAAGCAAAAACAAAAAACAUAAAAAAGGAAAAAUGAAAAAUGAUCAAAAAUUGACAUUAAAAACUAUUUAAACGCUUCAUAUGCUAUUAUAUAUACACCCUAUAUAUAUACACACAUUAACUUUAGUCAUAACAAUAGUCAAAGAACAAAUAAUUCCGCGAAUCAGCAACAACAAUAACGGUUCAAAAAUUGUGCAACAUUUCGCCGCUCGCAGUAAAAACACAGAAAUUAUUAUAAUAAAUACGAUUAAAAUAAUACAGCAACCGACAGCAGACAGACAAAAGAACAACACCAACAACCAAGCGAAAAAGUUUAAAAAUAAUAUAUA